CUGGACUGUCACAACACUCGUGAGCUGACAAGACUGCUGACAAAUAGAAGGUUAGUGGGACGAUGAUGAUUCGAGCUAAACUGCAUCAGCUGGCAGAAGGACUACGACGGCUCUGGUCCAGAAUAUGUGGUCUCUACACAACCAAUGUCACAAAAAGCUGGAAGGAAAAACUUCUCCUCCUGCUGACCUGUUUCACCACCAGCCUCAUUCUGAGCAUCUUCCUCUUUCUCAUCCUCCACUUUUCCUUCAAGUGCGCUCAGGAGGUUUCGCUUCCCUUUACUUGUGUUUUUUGUUUGAGCUUAACACCAGCCAUGUAUUUCUCAGAAAGGAUUCGCUGUUUUGGAGCCUUGAUUUUGAUCUCAAUGGGUAUGAAACAAGUGAAGAGCCUUCUUCUCACUUUAGGAACCAGUUCAGUGAUUUUCUUCAACAUCCAGAACACGUUGCAGAACAUGAGACUCCUUGCAAAAGGCCUCCUCUGCAACUUGGAGGAAAAGUUAUUGGAUAUUAAUACAGAACCCCUCGGGAAUUAUAUUAAAAUGUUGAAAUGGGUGGGAAAGCAACUUAAAAUUUACUUUACAAGCUUUCAUUUGGGGAAUUACCAUGCAGAUUUCAAACUAAAAGCAAAGGUGGACUCCCAAGAUUUCAAAAUUCACCUCACCGAGGCAGAACAGACUUUAAACCAGGUCACGCAAAAUGUGUUAGCACUGGCCAACACUUUGUCUUCAAUAGGAAAGAUACUUUCUCCAACAUUAGGUCUUUUAUUUCUCGUACUUCUCACUGCUCUAUACCUGAGAAGAUUCCACGUAGACAAAAAGUACAACAACCAAUUCAUCACAAAAACUUUCCGUUGUUUUGACGAAAAGCAAAAAAAAGAGGGAAAACAGUAUGUCCUUCCGCUGACCAAAAGCGAAUCGGAACUUUACACAGUGACUCCGUCCAUUCGUCCGACGGGUCGGCGGUGGAAAGCCAUGCUCAAGUUCAGUCUUCCUAUAUUCACUCACUGUCUCACCUGGCUGGUGUUUAUCAGUCUAGACGCCCUGAUUUACUGGCUUAUUGUAGUUCUGAGCAAGCGGCUCGGGGAACUGGAGCCACUUCGUGUUCCUGUGGGAAUAAAAGUUCAGGAGGCCACGUUGUUUCUAGGUUUACCUGUUGAUGAAAAUGCAAAAGGGGCAAACUUUUCCUACACGGUGUCUCUGUUUGAGAAGAAGUGUUUGCCUGAACCGGAACUGUGGCUCUAUCAGUCUCUGGUUCCUCUGUCUGUCGUCCUGGCCUUGCUGGUUGUUCUGAUUCUUCUUUCAUCACAGAUGGUCCAGCUCAGAGCUGUGCUGUCUGAGCAGUUUUUCUCAGAUGUCGCAGAGAAAAGAGCAUCCUAUCUACAUGCAAAAAUUUUAAGAAAGCGGUGCAAGUCUAAAGCAGAAGAGCAUGAUGGAGCUCUGAAGACUUUAGCCAUGCAGCCGAGUUUUUGGUGCCCCUUACUCUUCCAUAAGCACUGGACAAACCUUGAUGCUGUUUAAAUAGGAUUGAAGUUUGCAACACAUCAGUCUGUUGAUCAGCUCUUAACUGCAGGUUUGACAUGUUGACAACACAACAUUCACUCUCCUUUUUAUCAUAAAGUGCACCCUGGCAUUGCACUGGAUACAGAAAGUAGGUGUUCUGUCAUUGAAAAAUGAGCAUAUGCAUAUGUUUGAAACGAUUUUUUAAUGAUUUUGAAAGACCUUCUGCUCAACAAGGCUCUAACCAGUAUUAUUGUGAAAUAUUAAAGAAUUAUUUUCUAUUUUAAUAUCUAUUUACGUAAUUUAUUCCUUUGAUAGUAAAGUUGAAUUUCCAAGAAACAUUUCUUAUGAGCAUUGGUGUAAACAGUUAAUUCUUAUAUUGUAUAUAUUUGUAUAUAUGUAUAUAGCAUUUAUCUUUUGUAAUAUAUAUAGCUUUUGUUUCAAU